CUCACAGCGCUUGUUCUACUAGUAGAAAUAUAUUGGCUUACCCGCAGUUUCUGACAGGCCGAUACAAACUGUUUCGCGAAAAGCUUGAGACGAGCACCGUAAAGUAACUCAUCAGCAGUCAUGGCAUCUGUUUCCGGACCUUCUGUUUCUGGAAAGCUUACCUUCCCUGGACCGAUAGGGGCGAAGCGUCGGCGAAUGCGAAGUGGAGGUAAUGCAUCGACAGUAACGAACAACUCUCCAGGGAAAACCGACGGCUCGGAAAGCGAGCCUAAAACUUCGGGUAAAUGUAAAGGGGGUACUACGAUUCCAAUUUUUCUGAAAAAGACGUACAAGAUGAUCGACAGUUGCGAUCCAUCGAUUGCGUCAUGGACAGAGGAGGGCGAUAUGUUUAUUGUUAAGGAUCCUGAUGUUUUCGCAACGCAAGUGAUCCCGCAAUACUUUGACCACAACAAAUUUUCAAGUUUUGCUCGCCAGCUCAACUUUUAUGGGUUCCGCAAAAUGCAAUCGAAACCAAUCAGAAACAGCGAUUUUGACACAGGUACCGCUAAGCACGUCACUUUUUAUAACGAAAACUUUAAGCGUGGUCGAUGUGAUCUGCUGAAGAAGAUUCAGCGCUCGACUCGUGGAGGGGGGAACACGACGGGGCAAGACAGUCAUCGUGAUGUCCAAAAUCUUCGUGAUCAAGUUGCAAUGCUCGAACAAAAGAUGGACGAAAUGAGCAGUCAGGUAGAAGAUCGCGUACGUCGCCUCGAACUGGAAAUGUUGGCUCGCCUGGAGCAGAUGAUGCUUGCUAUGCAGCAGCAACAGACCACACAGUUGCACCUUCAGACUGCGACUUCAGUUGGUUCAAACAGCGGAUCUGGUAGUUCCAACGGUACUGGCAAUCAUAUGCCUGCGCCUUCCAGCAAUCAAUUGAGCUGGGAUAAUAACGGGCUAUCCUUUCCUCGCGGAAACUCUAUCAACUCCAAUGUGAGCUCAGUAACCUUCCAGCAACCGCGGCAACAGCAGCAGCCACUCCAACAAAUGAUUCAUCAGUCACAUCAGUUAAACCAGUUGGACAACACCGGAAUGGCUCCUCCGACCUUACCGCCUCAUCCUAAGCAGAAGCAACUCCCAAUGAAUGGAUUUCCUGGGAACAUGGCCACUCCUCCGGAACGAAUGAAUUCUCUACGUGGAAUUUCCACCUUGUCGCGUGGUCUUUCCGGAUUGUCGCGUGGUGCGUCGAUUGAAUCUAGUGCUUCUGCUGUAUUGAUGCGCAACUCUUGGGAGGAUAAGUUUUUUUCGAUGCUCAUGCUAGAUAGCGAGCAAAAUGGGAGUAGUUCGAACCCUCACGACUCUAACGUGAUGCCAACUCCUCUUGCUCCCGGUAUUUCGUCUAACGCAAAUGCACAAGCACCUGUCACUGUUUCAGAUAGAUCGGCUGAUAUCAAUGGACAGCUCUCGGCGCACCACGAGAACAACGACGAUGAUCUUAGUUCUGUAUCGACUUCAGACAUGCCAUGAGGGGCAAGAAACUUGUUUACAUAAACCAUAUGACUUAUUUUAC